ACAGAUCGUGGUCCCUCGAGAAGAGAAUGCCUCUGAACACUGCCUAACUCAGUGGGCAGAGCACCUGAAGACAGGAGGUCCCGAGUUCAAAUCUGGCCUCAGACACUUCCUAGCUGUGGGACCCCAGGCAGUUCUGGUUUUCGUCCUGCUCAGGCAUACAGUCGAGUGUUGCUGCGGGUCGGAGCCCUCUGCUCUAGGCGAGUCUCCUGGGCUCUGAGCUGCCCAGCAGGCCGCGUCCCCAGGGAGGCCCCAGCGCCAGUGAAUUCCCAGGUCCAGCCGGACUCUGCCCUGGGGUAGCAGCUCCUCCCAAGGGCCGUUUUUCUGCCCCAGGGAGUCUUUCCUGAGCCCUCGGCCCCCCUGAGCUGCCUCCUUUGGGUCUCAGACAUGGCUUCAGAGAUACAGACACCUGGGCUGCACAGGCUGUGCGGGGGGCGUCCCUGCCUGCCUGCUGUCUUCCUCCCCUCCACACAGGAGUACUCGAAGGCAGGACAGGUUUCCCGCAUCCCCGGGCUUCGGGCAGAGCCUGGCUCCUGGGAGGUGCUUCCUCGGGGACCUGCUUCUUGGCCGUUGGAGGGCCUCCCCAGCGGGACCCAGGCCCGGAAAGCGGUUGCUUUGGGGGCAUCCACGGAAGACCAGCUUCAGUUUGCCUGAUAUCUUAGGGUGGGCAAACACGCCCAUUUUGCAGAUGAGUAAAGAAGCUCGCCCAGGCUACAGAACUGGGCCUGGAACCAGGCUUUUCAGGCGAAAUCCUGCAUCCUUCCCAGGAUGCUGCUCUGCUCUUCUGGCCCAGGUGUGCCUUCAACCACACUCCGGAGCCCUACAGAAAAUCGCGCCCCUCUUUGAUUUCAAAGUGGCAGCUUGUACGCGCUGGCAGGGACCCUCGAGGACUCAUUUGGAUGAGCCCGAGGCCACCGUCCUCUGAGGAUUGGCCCAAGGAGCCAGAAUGCUUAGCACGGAGAAAAUGGAGGUUCAGGGGCCUCCAAACACCGUGGAAGAGCCAUUGGAAUUAGGGGGAGGCUUGUUCUGCUUGCCCCCCAAAGGCAGGACUAGGGGCACCGAGUGGAAGUUAACAGGUAGUAGACAGGCUCGAUGUGGAGGAAAGACAUUCUAACAAGGCGAGCUCUUCCUCCUGGGCCAUCUUUUUUAAACCCUUAAAUUCCGUCUGAGAAGCAAUUCUGUGUAUCGCUUCCAAGACAGAAGAGUGGUCAAGGCUGGGUGGUGGGGGUGAGGGAAGUGACUUGCCCAGGGUCACACAGCCGGGAAGUGUCUGAGGCCAGAUUUGAAUCCAGGCCAUUCUAUGUCCUGCCCCGGCUCUCCAUCCCCUGAGCCACCCAGCUGCCUCCCAGAAGUCCUUUCUUAGCCUGAUAUUCCCCGAUUUCUCCAGGCCUUUGAUUUGGUGAGAGUUAAAGGCCGGCCCGCACUCAGGGUUCCGGUUAGGACUCCUUGGCCAGGCUUUUCCCUCUUUUAUCGGUUGUGAUGUGUCAGGCCUUUCCAGCAUAACCCAGUUGGGAGUCACGGAGAGCGCCUUUGAGUCAAAACAAGGGGGUGGCAGGGCCGUCCUUCCGGAAGCCCUGGUAUGCAGCACGGUGGCUGGAAAGACGUUUCCCAAGAGAGGCUGCUGCUGACGAGGAGACACGGGGUGUGGCCAAGCAGCCAACCACUAUAAGACUUCCAUGAACUUGUUCCUAGAAACCGAUUCACGGAGCUGCUUUCCAAGAGCCCCAAGUCAGCAGAACAUCCUCCACGCCUGGCAGCAUUCCCCGCAAUGGCUGAAUUACCAACGUGCGAGACCUUCGUCUUCCUGGACCUUGAGGCCACCGGCCUUCCCAACGCCCAUCCCGAAAUUGCAGAGAUCUCUCUGUUUGCCAUCCAUCGGUUCUCUCUGGAGCACCCAGAGAGGGAUGAGUCGGGCACUCUCCAGCUGCCUCGGGUUCUCGAUAAGUUGACCCUGUGCAUGUGCCCUGAGCAGAACUUCACCCCAAAGGCUUCAGAGAUCACAGGCUUGAGCAAUCAGAACCUGGCCGACAACCACAAGGCAGGCUUCAAUGGCGCUGUGAUCAGAGCCCUCCGGGAGUUCCUGAAGCGGCAGAAAUCUCCCAUCUGCCUAGUUGCCCACAAUGGUUUUGACUAUGACUUUCCCCUCCUUCGCACUGAGCUGCAGCGGCUGGGUGCAGAUCUGCCCGGUGGCACCGUCUGCCUGGACACACUCCCUGCACUGAGGGGCCUGGACAAAGUCCACCACCAUAGCACCAGGGCGAGCCAUGGCAAAAAGAGCUACAGCCUUGGCAACCUGUACCGCCGGUAUUUCGACGACGAGCCCCAAGCCGCCCAUUCGGCCGAGGGAGAUGUUUACGCGCUGGUCAUGGUCUUUCUCCAUAGGGCCCAGGAGCUCCUUCAGUGUGUGCAGACCGAAGCCCAGAACUGGGAUGAGAUCCAACCCAUGUACACGCCCAGAAAAAGGAGGCUCAGUGGUGGAAGCCUCGAUGCUUGAGAUGCCCUGUGCCUGCCCCUCCCUCUGAGCCGGACUUAGGGGCUAGGUCAGAAGGGGGCCAGCAGUACUCUGGACACCACGGAGUCGCCUACUUUGAAAGAGAGGGAAGAGGGGCUGCCAGAAUUUGGGGUCCCCGAGGCCACCAAGAGUCCAUACACGCCCACAAAUCUCUCGUACAACAUCUUUAACUAGACGGGGGCCAGUGAGCCUUUGCUUAAAAGCCUCUUGCAAGGGGGCAUCUACUACCUCAUGAGGCAUCCCAGUCCAUUUGGGGAAAGCUUUAAGCGUUAGAAAUUGGGCUGAAACCUGCCUCCCAGCAACUUCUACCCACUGAUAUGCCCCAUGGGGCCAAGCAGAAUGAAGUCUAACCCCUCUUCCCUGUGGUAGCCCUUCAAAAAUUGUUGGCUCUUCUAUCCCUCCUAAGUCUUCUCUAGACUAAUAAUCCCUAGUUCCUUCAGUUGAUUUUGGCCUAGCAUGAUCUUGAGGCUCCCCAUUAUCCUAAGUGUAUCCUUCUCACUCCAAGAACUGAAAAGGAGACUCCAGAUAGCUAAUCAGUGCCUACUAGUUAGGGUUCAGUUGGGCUACCACCACUCUCACUCUGGACAGCAUGGAGUCUUUCAAUAUUACUUUUUGGGGUUACCAUGCUGCCCUAUUGACUCAUAUUGAGUUUGUAAUCCACUGAGACCCUCAGCUCCUUCUCAGCUGUAUUGCUGACCACCCAUCCAUGCCUAUUCCAGCUUGUACUUGUGAUCCUGACUUUUAGCCCAAAUAAAUAUAAUUUAUCACAUUUGGUCUGACAUUUUAGCAUGUGGAGAUCUAUUCUCUUUUAGCUUUGGGUCAUCUGUACAUUUGAUAAAUGCACCAUCCUCUCCUUUAUUCGAGUCACCGGUAAAACAGAUGGUUCGACAGCACAGAGACAAGCACAAAUCCCCAGUGAACACCAGUAAACAACUCCUUCCACAUUGACACUGGACCAUUCCACACUCUCUGGAGCCUGGCCAGACCACUUGACCGUACCACAGUCUAGUACAGUUACAUCACAGCAGCUGAUAGAAGGGAAUGAAUUCUCAGUUUCAGGAGGGACUCCAGCACGGGGGUUUGAAAAUACAAAGAGUAAAUAUGGCGGACACUAACCCUAAUUCAUUUGAAUGGUGUGGGCUAUCAUCUCUAUGCAGAUGAUUUAUUAUUAUAUUAUGUGAUGUCCUUAAAUGAUGACAUUGGACAUUUUAAUAAGUAAGUUGCAGCAUCCAGUUUGAACAUGAGAUGUCACUGAAAGUGUGCUAUGUUCUUUCAUAGCAAUUAAUUGGUCAACUAAUAUUUAUUAA